GGGCGCUUAGUCCCCACGGCCCCGCCCUUGCCCCUGAGGAGGUGGGCUUGGAGUCACGUGGCUCGGGCCCUACGGGAGGGGGCGCGGUCGGGGGCCCGACUCCACGCCGCCGGGAAGGGAAGCCGGAGUGGCGUUCGCGCGGCUGCGGGGCCGGGACCACGGCACUACUGGACGGUGGGGGAAACGGAGGCCCGAGUGGGCCACAGAGGGCCAUGAAGGUGCUGCUCCUCACAGGGCUGGGGGCCCUGUUCUUCGCCUAUUAUUGGGAUGACAACUUCGACCCAGCAAGCCUGCAGGGAGCCCGUGUGCUGCUGACAGGGGCCAGUGCAGGUGUUGGCGAGGAGCUGGCAUAUCACUAUGCACGCCUGGGCUCCCACCUGGUGCUCACUGCCCAAACGGAGGCCCUCCUGCAGAAGGUGGUAGGGAACUGCCGGAAGCUGGGCGCCCCCAAGGUCUUCUACGUCGCCGCGGACAUGGCCUCCCCUGAGGCGCCCGAGCACGUGGUGCAGUUUGCGCUGGACAAGCUGGGUGGGCUGGACUACCUGGUGCUGAACCACAUCGGCGGCGCCCCGGCAGGCGCGCGGGUCCGCAGCUCCCAGGCGACUCGCUGGCUCGUGCAGGCAAGAUUAGAAAUUGAGGUUCUGGAAGGUGAAGUUGCUGGCGCAGGGUCAGGCCGCAAGCGGUCCAGGUGGGAUUCGAACUCUAAACGCAAAGGCAGAGAAAGGCUCCGUAGCCACAGCCACGCCCACACCGGGUCCGACUCAAAGGUCUAG